AUGAACGAUAUAGAAUUUUUGCUGUUUUAUCCUCAAUUAAAUGAAUUUACUCUCUUCAAACAUCCAAUGACCAUGAAAACUAAUUCUAUUUUAACUUUCCUGCGAACGACCCGGGUCCCGGACCCGCUCUUUGAUUGUCCACUGCUUUACAAAUUUAUCCACGUCAGUCCUCCCGGGCCCCCCGGCAAGCGCGGCAAAAAGGGCAAAAAAGGCGACCCAGGCGAACCCGGCCCAGCGGGUUUAAUGGGUGCACCGGGGAAGAACGGAUUUCCGGGAAGCAAAGGCGAGAAGGGCGAGCGAGGCUUUAUGGGACCAAUCGGACUGGACGGGCCUAAAGGUGAUCCGGGCCGACCUGGUGACAAAGGACAAAAAGGCGAGCUAGGCAGUCCAGGCUUCGAUGUAUUCGCUGCUGUAAAGGGUGUGAAAAGAUCGGUGGACAACUUUAAGAUGAGUCCGUACACGACCGCGGAGAUCAUAGCCGUGAAGGGCCUGCAGGCGGCCGGCCACAACAUCUCCGCACACUCCAUCAUACAACUCAAGGGUGAACCGGGUGAGCCAGGGCCACCGGGACCACCGGGCGCGACAGGGGCAACAGGGCUAGCGGGCAACGAGGGGCGAGCGGGGGCGACAGGUGCACCAGGCCCCCCGGGCCCUGUUGGCCCUCAGGGCAUACAGGGUCCUCAGGGACCACCCGGCCCACAGGGCAUAUCCGGACUCAAGGGCGAUAAGGGUGACAAGGGCGAGCGUGGCUACACCACGACACUUAAGGGCGAUGCCUUUCCUACCGGCAUCAUCGAGGGUCCCCCGGGCCCUCCUGGACCUCCCGGCGCGGAGGGGGCGCGCGGGGAGCGCGGCGCAGCGGGGGUGCCCGGCCCGCCCGGCGAGCGCGGCGCGCGUGGCAAGCGCGGCAAGCGGCGAUCUCGGACGUACUUAGCAAAAUUUGCCUUAGAUUACAUUACAGUAGAAGUUUCGAUAACACGUGAUUCUGAAACACAAAUGAAAAAUGCGCAAAAGGGAGUGCCGGGGCCGGCGGGGAGUGCGGGGGUGAUGGGGCCAGUGGGACCGCGUGGGCCACCCGGCACCGACGGCCGCGCAGGGGCUAUCGGACUACCUGGCCCACCCGGCAAGCCCGGCGAAAUGGGAGCGAAAGGAGAAAAAGGGGACUAUGGCGACAUGGGAUCGCCUGGCAUGCUGGGUGCCCCCGGCCUACCCGGCCCACCUGGGUACCCGGGUCUUAAGGGUGAUAAAGGGGAUAAGGGAGACUCGAAGUACAGGAAGCUGAGAAGAAGGCAGGGAGAUGGCACCGGCUACGAACUCUAUGGACAUGAAAUGAUGAUGGGUCCUCCGGGCGCGCCGGGUGCCCCGGGCUCUCCAGGCGUGGCGGGCCCGCCCGGCAUCAAGGGCGACAAGGGCGAGCCGGGCAUGCGCGGGAAAGCUGGUGAACGAGGUGAGAAAGGAGAUGCAGGUCCCAUGGGAUUACCGGGACCCGUAGGCUUACCGGGAGAACCGGGCACGUCGGGCGAGGCGGGUGCUCCGGGGCAUCCGGGCGCAGCGGGACCCCGGGGCCCGCCCGGACUCGACGGAAUGAAAGGCGCGCAGGGCGAGCCGGGCGCUAAGGGCGAGCGCGGCGACCCCGGACUGCCCGGCACCGACGGCAUACCAGGACAGGAGGGUCCUAAAGGCGACAAAGGAUAUAAAGGAGAACCGGGACCUGGCGGUAAACGUGGACGCAAAGGUGACAAAGGCGAUCGUGGAGAGCAGGGCGUGCCCGGACUGGACGCGCCCUGCCCGCUCGGACCCGACGGACUGCCUCUGCCCGGCUGCGGUUGGCGCCCAGCCAAGGUGUGGGAGCCGCGCGAGGAGCGGCCGCCCGGGUCCGAGGAGGAGGCAGAGCCGGAGGCUGAGGCCGAGGCCGAGGGCGACGCGGAGGAGUACGACGCGCGUGAGGACGAGCUCGAGCCGACGCGUGACUACGACGACUACACUGACAACUCACACCACGAGCCACAUCGCGACUGA